CAGCAGCCAGAUGUCACAUCCUACAAGACACCGGGAUGUGUUCAAAGACUCCUUCUGCUCUGUUAUUGAGUCUCUCACUGAGUUUGGCACAAAGCUUAAAGUGGGUGAUGGAGUGCUGUACAUAAGGUCCAAUACCAGCAAGGUGAACAUCUCUGAGCUUCAGCCAUCACAUGUGUACACCUGUUUACAACAGCACAUCUCCAAGCUACAGUCGAUGUCUGUAACCCUGAAGCACAUAGUGGAUUCUGAAGGCCACCCCGGCCCAGGCAACAUUGAAAGCAGGCUGGCCUCCAGGAGAGAAAUAGCAGAAACAUCUGAGCAGAUGGUGGUUGACUCGCAGCUUGUUUCUCCUACAUCUCAAAACAACACUGUCCAUGAGGAGUAUAACAUGACACAGACCGAUGACAAUGUGCAGAUCAAGGCUGGUAAAUUUGAGAUUGAACGUAGGAUAUCUGCAUUUAUAGAGCGCAAACAGCUGGAGAUCAAUGAAAACAAUGCGAGGGAGUUUUGCAAUGUGAUCGACUGCAAUCAGGAAGACAGUUGUGCAAGAACCGAUGCAGUCUUCAUACCAUAUCCUGGUUUUAAGAGUCAUGUUAAAGUGACACGUGUGGUGAAUACAUAUGGACCCCAGACCAGAGGGGUGCAUGCUGAGCUGGGUGACCAACAGCAGAGCUUCAAUAGCAGAGAGUGUGGGAACACUGCCAUUGAGGAGAGGCUCCAUAACAUGGAAGCUCACCUAAAACUUUCAGCAGCAUGUCCUGUUCCUCAAAGCGUUUAUCAGCGGCUAAAGAAACUUGAAGAUCGAAUUCUGGAGCUUGAGGGUCUUUUCCCGGAUUACUUCCACUCCACAAAUUACUCACAUAAACGACCUAAAGCCUCCAUGUUGCAGAGCUACAGUCUCGCAGAGCUCGGAAGAUCAGUGCCGUCAAAGCUGCUUUAAAAACUAGUGAGUUCCAACCCACAGAUGCAGUAGAGUUUCCAUGUUGACAAACAAAAGACCCUGAAUACUUAUGAUUUUGAAAUUUUCUACCUUCUCAAAAUUUGAUCCCUGUUGUUUUCAACUAUUUUUUUCAUAUUUAGAGCUGCUUUGAUAAUGGAUUUGUGGUUUAUAACACCGUUACUAAAUAUUUUAUAUCUGCAAAAUCUAUUGAACUCUUUUUGAUGUAUUUUCUGAUUUUGUACA